AUGUCUAACGAUACUAUAAGUUUAGAGACGGCAGUUGAAACAGCAGCUUUAACAAUUCUUGAUUUUGUGGUGCCUGAUGCUUCAUUCACUCUUUUUCCGGAAAAUACACCAGCUCGAAAAGUGGAAGGUUCUCGAGCAAAGGAAUUGUCGGAAAAAAUUGAUCCUGCUAUUCCAAUGUUGUCUGAAGGCUUUUUAGCUCAUGUAAUACCAACUAUAGCGCAAGUUGAAGAACAAUUACGAGAAUUAGAGCAGAAACAAAAACUUCUAUUGGAUGAAUUGAAGACAACAAACAUAAAGAUGGAAAAUCAAGAUCAUUAUGAGUAUAUAGCAUUAAGUUUCUCAAAAAUUCCCAAAUAUAAUAGCAAACUUCAAAAUAUACGCAGUACAAUGUUAUCAAUGUUAUUACGAUCUAAGAAUUUAAAACAACGAGUUGCUCAACUUAAAAUAAUGAAAGAACAACAAUUAGCCCAAAUUGCUAAGUUCCAAAAACGCGAAAGAAAUUUUGAUCAAACAGUCUUGGCUGCUAAAGUUGUAGAACAAAUUGAAUUUGAUUCUUUUUCCUCGUCUUCAAUUACUGAAAGUAAAAUUCAUAGAAAUAUCUCUUCUGAAAAAGAUGCUGAAGAAUGA